AUGAAGGUGCACCCAUUACCCAAGAAGAGAAACAACAUAACAAUCCAAUUCUACGAUCAAAGAGAAGACCCUUUACUAUCAUCUUCAGGUCGAUCCCAGAACAAGAAACUUAGGAGGCUACCCCACAUAUUUAGCCGGGUUUUGGAACUCCCCUUCCGGUCAGAUGCUGAUGUGUCUGUUGAGGAAAGUCCUGAUUGCUUCCGAUUUGUGGCCGAAACCGAUAAUAACAUCGGUGAAGUGAGGGCCCACACCGUUGAAAUUUACCCUGGAGUUACAAAAAUUGUGAUUAGGCCAAAUGGGUAUCUAGAAUUAUCUUCUCUUGAUGAUUUGGAGUUGGAUAUGUGGAGGUUCCGGUUGCCGGAAACGACGAGGCCGGAGCUUGCGAGUGCGGUUCUUGCCGACGGAGAGUUGAUUGUGACGGUGCCAAAAGGAGAGGAAGUAGAGGAGGAAGGGAGUGGUAAUAAUAACAAUGGGGAGUUUAGAGGAGGUUUCUUGUUCUGUAAUUCUGUGUCUUGUGUGGUUGUAGAGCAACAGAAAUGGAUUUUAUGUGUUUUCUUUUGGUUUUUGAUUGGUUUAGAUUUGAAUUUAGUAAAUCUUUUGGUAUUCUUGACCUUCAUGCUUGUCCCACAGCUUCUGGAAGUUAGAUUUUUGAGGUAG